AUGGGUACUUUCACAUUUUCUUAUUUUGUCCAACGUGCUCUCUGGGACAAGCGUGGUCUCUGGGCGUUAUCAGGAGCUGCGUUCUACUUUGGACACUGUUGGGAUAAAGCAGGGAUGGACAAAGCUGAGAUGAUGAAGGGGCAAUCCAAAAUGUUUGCGAGCCGUCAUGUAGCUGUGCCAAACGAUAAGGAUGCCUGGAAAUAUUGA